AAAUAGGAUGGGCGAGUGCUUGCCCGCCUCCAGGAAGUUUCCAUUUCCCCGCUUGUUUGGGCAGUGUCUGGCAAGAGUUGUUUCGAAGAGGGCGCGAGGCGCCAAGAUGCCAGUGGCGGUGAUGACGGCGACGAGCGGCGCCUUCAGUUACCGAAAGCUACUGGAGCAGUGUGAGACUCAGGAGCUGGAGGCCCCUGGAGGAAUAACAACAUCACCUGUUUAUGCUCAACUCCUGGCUUUGUAUCUUCUGCAUAAUGAUAUGAAUAAUGCCCGUUAUCUCUGGAAGAGAAUUCCUACUGCUAUUAAGUCUGCAAAUCUUGAACUUGGUGCCAUUUGGGCAGUAGGGCAGCGAAUCUGGCAAAGAGAUUUCCCUGGAAUAUAUACAACAAUUGAUGCAUAUCAGUGGUCUGAAUCUAUUCAGCCAAUUAUGGAAGCACUGAAAGAUGCAACGAGGCGACGAGCAUUUGGACUAGUCUCUCGGGCAUAUCCUGCUAUAAGUGCAGACGACUUUGCAGCCUUUGUUGGACUUCCUGUAGAAGAAGCCGUAAAAGGAGUUCUUGAUCAGGGAUGGCAAGCAGAUUUGUCAACUCGAAUGAUUAUGCCUAAAAAGCCAGGUCCUCAGGAGCCUACAUUUAAUAGGUUUCAUCCACUAUCAGAACCUGCUCCAGUUCCACCAAUUCCUAAUGAACAGCAAUUGGCCAGAUUAACUGACUAUGUAGCUUUCCUUGAAAAUUGAAAACUCUGAUCACUCAUCCAUGAUAUGCUAUGUACUUUGAGAUUCAUUUGCAAUUUGUUUGUGUUCAGUGUUGCAGUGUAUGUGCUACAGUGUAACAUAAUUUUACAUUUUACCAUAUUGAUUUUAUUGGAGCAAGUCUUUCAAUUUAAUUCCCAUAUUUAAUUGGCUGAGUAUGUAGACUUAAAUAACUCAUUGUGGAAGAAGUAGCUGUUCCCCAUUUGUAAUCUUAUCAUAAAUUGGAAAAAUUAACCACUACUAUGGCUCAGCUGAAAACCAAACAUUGAAAAGGAUAAGGAAGAUCAAAAUGCAGUCAAGCAAUGCUCUUAAAAUUAUCAGAAAACAUUGCAGUGUCUUUGUUUGAUUAUAUAUAGCUAUACAUUUACAAUGAGUUUCUGCUUUGGCUUGUCACACAUUGGAAUACCUAAUGGCAGAUUUUGAAGGCUAUUAUUUUAAUAUACCUUAAAAGAUCUGUUCUUGAAUAUAAGCACACAUUAAAUCUGAGAGAUACCAAAAUAUGUACUUGGUAGAAUAUAUGCAUGGCUAAUAGUUCUUGUAUAACAGUCCUGUUAGCAUUCUGGUUUGAGAUUUUUAAAAGCAUCAGCUGAUUUCUCAAACUGAUAACUUGCUUCUGUUUAAACCAGAAUAUUUAGAUUGCCUUCUGGAUAUUCCUUGUGCUCACAAGAAACAACAUCUGGUUGCUAAAGCCAGUAGAUAAAAUAAUUAUUGAACUUCAGUAGAAUGUUUCUGUGUUGGAGUCUUGCUAAUGUGGGAAGAAAGUACACAUUUUGCUUUAUUUUUAUAUGGCAUGUUCCUAGAGUUGUGAGUUUUUUUUCCUCCCUUGUUAUUAGACAUCAUUUAAUGAUCUGUUCAGAAAUUGUUGGUAUCUGUUCUUUGUAGUGACACUUCUCUCCUAGUGCAUUAUUACUGUAUGUUCUUAACUGUUUUGGAUGUGUUUGAGUGCAAAAGAGUCCUAGUUUCUGCACAGUUACUUUAAGAGUAUCUAAAGGGAUUAACUAUUGAUUUUGCUAUUUAUUUGAAAACCUCAGAAUAGAUGGGAAGCUUAGUUUUGGUAUUAUUAAAAUAUAUUUACAUCAUU